AUGGCUGGUACUGGAGAGCAGGACUCACGUACUGUAUCACAGUUUCAAGACAACAACAUGAUUCAACAACAAGAGUUGAUUCAUGACGUAGAAUCGAUUCUGGAUAUUGACUCCACUCUCGAGGGUGAAUCGCAUGAGACCAUUGAAUCACAUUCAGAGAUUAAUUGUGUUCCAAAAUCUCAGGUACCAAACUCUAUCCUGGAACAUAGCCAUAGAUUUUGCAGUAGAUCUUUGGACGUUUGUGAGGAAAUUCCAUACACAUAUGCAAUUAUGGGAGCCAAUCAAGUUCAGUUUCAAUCUGGUUUUGAAUGGGUAAAUGGCAAGGAAAGUGCACACCUUGUGUUCGACAAAAUGCUUCUUCGAAAAUACAGAUUACAACAAAGAAGGAAACCGAGUUUGUCUCCUAAGUCAUGGAUGUUCAAGUACAAAGAAAUGAAACUGUUGCGACUUCUACCACAGAAUGAACAUUAUAAUCUCAUGGGAGAAAUGCUCAUAAAGCAAUUUCUUGAGAUGAGUCAAGUGUGUUCUGGUUUUGAUCAAAUGCUCAUGGGAAGAAGAAGAGGGAAGCAACAAAACCUGCGGAGGAAACUUUCGAAGUCAUGGAGAUUCAAGUUCAAAAAGCCAGAGCAAUGCGCAUUAACAAAUGAAAAGCUAUUAUUUGAAACCGAAACAUCUGCAGUGGCUGCCAUUCCACAUGAGGAAUCACAACUCCAACCCAAACACAACUGGAAAUAUGAGCUACUUGAACCAGUUUUAAGUUUGGACAGUACAGUGAUCAUCUUUUGUGAUGAAAUUGGUAAGGAUUGCGUAAACAGGGAAUGUUUUUCUUCAAUGGUUCAUGAUUCUUUCGCGUGUGAAAAGCAAAGAGACAUGGAAGAAAAGAAACAAUUUCAAGUCGCUAAGAUAGAGAAAGUCAGAUUUGGGAGGAAAAUGAAGAAUGGGUGCGGACUGAAUGUGGUUGGUGUACUACAUUGGUUUGAUCGAACCAUUUGGCUUCCCGAUUCUUGGUGGAGUAAGAUUUACAAAGACUCGUGUUUUAAGUACAAACCUGGAAUGCAGAGAAAAUGGAGUCUUUGA